AGGCAGUGGGCUCCGAGUCAACUGGUAUGACCGCGGGCACUGGGUCAGACAUUGGAUCGUCUGACCGGACAGCGGGCAUCGGGUCACCAGGCAUCAAGUCAUUUGGCUUGACAGCGAGCACCGCGUCAUCUGGCAAGGCAGUGGGUUCCGAGUCAACUGGCAUGACCGCGGGCACUGGGGCAGACAUUGAAUCGUCUGGCUGGACAGCGGGCAUCGGGUCACCAGGCAUCAGGUCAUUUGGCUCGACAGCGGGGCACCCGGUCAUUUGGCUUGCAGCGGGCACCGCGUCAUCUGGCAAGGCAGUGGGCUCCGGGUCACCAGGCAUUGGAUCGUUUGGCUCGACAGCGGGCAUCGGGUCACCAGGCAUCAGGUCAUUUGGCUCGCCAGCGGGCACCGCGUCAUCUGGCAAGGCAGUGGGCACCGAGUCACCAGGUACGACAGCGGGCUCUGAGUCAAUUGGCACGACAGCGGGCACCGGAUCAUCUGGGAUCAACAGCGGGCAUCGAGUCAACUGG